UUUCUUCUUCUGUUAGAUACAAAAAUGGACAGAAAAGACCAGUUGUUUGUUAUUAAUGAGGUGUGUGAAAUCAAAAACUGCAACAAAUGCCUCUUUUUUGAGGCCAAGAAGAAGCAGGACCUCUACAUGUGGAUUUCAAACAGCCCUCAUGGACCAUCUGCAAAGUUUUUAGUCCAGAACGUUCACACACUGGCUGAACUUAAAAUGACAGGAAACUGCCUCAAAGGAUCCAGACCGCUGCUGUCGUUCGAUCCU